AUGGCCUCUGUCCUCACCUCGGAACCCUCCCUCGUCUACUCCCGCCGGGUAGUUGAGGCCCGGGUACACAAAUACCACUGGCCCGCCGUCCAGCUCAACAUCUGGAUGCUCAUCAUGCUCAUAAGCGCCUGCACCAUCAUUGGCGUAUUUGCCACCUUUAUCGACAUCCAGCACACCCUUCUACUACCGGUACCGUGGUACUUUCCCUACUACAUAACCGUCGCCUCCCUCGCAGUCUUCUUCAUCCUCCUCCUCCUCUACCUCAUCUACCAGCGCCGCUUGCUCCCCUCCAUCGUCAUGAUAGGAGGUUUUAUUCUCUUUGUGCUGUGGUUGACGGGGUUGAUAGUGAUAUCAGUGCAGCUGUGGGGGCCGGACGGGAGCGUGAGUUCGGAGUGCAAUAUCCAGGUUUUUGGGGCGAGUCCGAUGCCCAAGGGGCAGACGCUGGAGACGUUGGCGUGGUUGGAGCAGAGGAGUAUUUGCCAGAGCUGGCAGGCGGUUUUUGCGUUUGGGCUGGUGGGGGCGGUGUUUUUGUUGUGGAUUAUGGUUAUUGCUUAUCAGGUUUUUGCGGAUGAUGCUGUUUGAUGGUGGUGGGGAAAGGGGGGCGUUGGGGAGUUCAGCUGUAUGGGAUGUGGAAUGAGUGAUGAUAUCUACCUGUGUUUGGGUUUUGAAUGGAGGGAUGUGCCAAAGGAUGGGGAUGGUGGUAUGUAUUGGGCAUGAUCACAUAUUGGAUAUCGUGGGGCGGGAUUUUGGGUUUUUUUUUUUUGGUUUUUUUGCUGUCUAUAAAAUAAUUAUGAUGUAUUAUUAUCACGUUUCGGCCUUGCUGAACGCUGAAACAAAUUCCCAAAAC